AAAUAUGCCCAGGCUUUGGCAAGUAUCUGGGAAAAGAAAGAAAGAAAGGAAGGAAGGAAGGAAGGAAGGAAGGAAGGAAGGAAGAAAGAGAGAGAGGUGUAAAAAACGAGGACAUGACAGCUCCAAAGAGAUGGUUAAAAAAGAAGGCUUUCAUUGUAGAUUUGACGAACAGUACAGCAGAGGCACUGUAAAGAGUCCGAGCAGGAAGAGAAAGCAGUAAACAUGAAAAAAGGGUAGGUUGUGAGUGAAUGUGGGUGCUGAGAACUAAACCACGGUCCUCUGGAAUUGCAGCAAGUAUUCUCAACCACUGAGCCAUCUUUCAACCCCUUGUUUUGUUUUAGUUGAACUGUUAACUCGGCAUUUUUCUUUUUUCUUGUAUCAGCUCUUGCCCCUGGGUUCCUGCUCUGCUGGAGUCUUGUCCUGACUUCCUUUGCUGAUGGCCUGUGAUAUGGAAGCCAAGUUGCUUUGGUCAUGGUGUUUUGCCCAUAUUGUCUGUGCACUAUUGCAUGCCUGGUACCCAAAGAGGUCAGAAGAGGCCCUGGAACUGGAGUUAUAGACCACUGAGAACUGCCACACGGGUGCUGGGAACCGAACCCAGGUCCUCUGGAAGAGAAGCUGAAGCUCUUUAGCCACUGAGAGACAUCUCUCCAGUCCUGCUUGUUGUUUAGGAGACAGGAAUUCCUGUAUCCCAGGCUUGCUUCAAACUCCCUCUGAAGGUGAUUAUGACCUUGAACUUCUGGUCCUCCUGCCUCUCCCUUGCAAGUGCUGGGAUUAUUGAUCCCAGGACUUCAUGCAUGUGAGCCAAGUAUUUUAUCAGUUGAGCUGCAGCCCAGUCCAUCCAAUGAGUUUCAAUAAAUAAAAUAUAUAAUAUCCAUGCAAUACAAUUAAAUUCAACCAAAAAGGGGGGGGGGAUGAAGUACUGAAAUUUGCUGCAAAGUAAAAAUAUUGUACAAUAUUAUAGAAACCUAUUGUAAAGGUCAUAUAUGAUUACAUUUAUAUUACAUGUAGAAAAUAAACUGGGUGUGGUGGGACAUACCUUUAAUCCCAGGACUCAGGAGGCAGAAGCGGCUGUGAAUUCAAGGCUAGACUGUUCUACGUAGUGAUAUCCUAUUUCAAAAAGCCCAGAUAGCAAACCUUUACAGACGUAAAGCCUGAAAAGUGUUGGCUAAAGUUGGAAGGAUUGGGAGUCAUAACUAAAAGCAACCUUUUCACGAGUGGUGAAAAUGUUCUUAAACUAAUGGUUGCCCCAUUGUGAAUAUACUAAAAGCCACUAAAGGAAUAGUUCCAAUGGCUGAAUUAUACAACAUGUGUCACAGGACAAUCAUACAAGCCAGGGAUUGUUCAGCACACCCUGCUAUGAUAUUUGGAACAGCUGAGCGAUGGCCAAGCUUCAGAAACAUCUAGGCUCACUGGGUUUCAAGCUACUUCCAUUUCCUAGUUUACCGGUUUACUCCUUUAACAAUCACAUUCGGCUCUCUCCCCGGAAAAGUGGUGACUUUUCAAAAUAUAUACAUAUGGCUAAGAAUGAAUUUGUGUGUUGCAUAGCCGACGUUCGAUAAGCUCUAUCGUGCAGGUAGGUAUACAAAGGCACGCAUACAAACACACACCGUGCCUUUCAGAAGAUUCUGGACGAACCAGUCUCAGUGCCCCUUGUCCUUCAGGAUUCUCUCUAGGAUAGGAGGAACCGCAGAGCAGCUCGCAAAACCAGUGGACAAAAGUCCCGCCCCUACGAACCAGAUUUGAGAAAACUAUGAGAUGGGGACCCAAUGAUUGAGUCUUUAGGUAAUUGUGGGUCCCAAUACCAGAUCAGCUCGGAACACAGCGAGCCGCACAGCCCUCGGACAAGUCCAGAGAACAAUGCAUCCAGCCCGGCCCACAGCGACCGAGCCGCGCCCAGGCGGUAGCCAGCCUGCUGGGAAAUGUAGUUUCUGAAGCACAGCUCGCGCAACCGCCCGCCACCCCGGAGCUCUGCAAAACUACAAAUCCCGUCACGCCCCGCGACGCCCUCUCGCCAGCUUUUGCCGGAAGGGAUCGUGGCUGACAUGGCGGAGGACCUGCAGGGCGGCGGUGCGGGUGGCCCACAGCACCCAGUCCCCAGUGCGAGCCACAGCAGCUUUCCGGAAUACGAGCUUCCCGAGUUGCACACGCGCGUGUUCCAUGUGGGCUCCUUUGGGGAGCUAUGGCGUGGCCGGCUAGGGGCCCAGGAUUUGUCGCUGAGCGAACCGCAGGCAGCCGAGCAGCCGACCGACGGAGGGGCAUCCAACGACGGCUUUGAGGAUGCUGCAGUAGCCAGCGAUCUGGGCUGCAGUCUGGAGGCAGCAGCAGAGCUGAGGGUCGUGUGCGGCCUUGAUAAACUGAGAUGCCUCGGGGAAGAUGAAGACCCGGAAGUCAUCCCAGAGAACACUGACCUAGUGACUUUAUGUGUGAGGAAGGGGCUUUUGGACUAUCGGGAAGAAAACAUCACAAUAGAUCGCGCCUGUAGACAAGAAAUAUUUGCUUAUGAAAUGGAAUCUCAUGCACUAGGGAAGAAACCUGAAAACCCAGCAGACAUGAUUGAAGAAGGAGAGUGUAUCCUAUCUGUGAACAUCUUAUAUCCUGUUAUAUUUAAUAAGCACAAAGAACACAAACCAUACCAGACCAUGUUGGUACUGGGCAGUCAGAAGCUCACAGAACUGAGAGAUUCAAUUUGCUGUGUCAGUGACCUCCAGAUCGGUGGAGAAUUCAGCAACGCGCCAGACCAAGCCCCUGAGCACAUCAGCAAAGACCUCUACAAGUCGGCUUUUUUCUAUUUUGAAGGAACAUUUUACAAUGACAGAAGAUACCCAGAAUGCAGAGACUUGAGCAGAACUAUUAUAGAGUGGUCAGAGUCCCAUGAUCGAGGAUAUGGAAAAUUUCAGACUGCUAGAAUGGAAGAUUUCACAUUUAAUGACUUGCAUAUUAAACUUGGCUUUCCUUACUUAUACUGUCACCAGGGAGACUGUGAGCAUGUUGUUGUCAUCACAGACAUAAGGCUUGUGCACCAUGACGACUGCUUGGAUAGAACACUGUAUCCCCUUCUUACCAAGAAGCACUGGCUGUGGACCAGAAAAUGUUUUGUCUGUAAGAUGUAUACAGCUAGAUGGGUGACGAACAAUGACACCUUUGCACCAGAGGACCCAUGUUUCUUUUGUGAUGUUUGCUUCAGAAUGCUCCACUAUGAUUCCGAAGGCAACAAACUAGGGGAAUUCCUUGCUUAUCCUUAUGUUGACCCAGGAACCUUUAAUUAGUACCAGAUAUUUCCUACUACAGCUUAGUUAAUUACUAUUACAUUAUUUAUUACAAGGGGUUGUUAAUGGCGUUUUACUUAAGUUGUUUAUGUUACUGAGAUGUAGAAAUGCUUUUCUGUAUUUUGAAUAUAUAAACCUUGUCGGAAACACAACUUCUGAUUCUUUUCUCCAAGUCCUAUGCAUUCUGUACCCUGAGUGGAUUUUGAUAAUGAUAGAAUGCAGUUAAUAAUGCAUCUCUUAUGGUAGUCUUUUUAAAGAAAUCUUUGGAGGAUGUGAGAGCUAGCUACACCUUCCAAGGUAAAAACCCUUCAAAUAUCUGUAGUAAGGAGAAAUUUAAAACAACUUAUUUGUAGUCACAAUUUAACAUUGGACAGACAUUAAGCACAUGAGAUGACAAUGAAUCUAAGACACACUCAGUAUUAGUGAGGCCUUGUUUCUUAACAGAAUCAGAAAGAUAGAUGUACUAAGUUUAGAAUAUCAUUUAAAGCCAUGGCCGGAGAAAACACUGGCAGACUUUACAUUACCACAGGCAUACCAUGAAGCUUGGCUCACUUUCAUAAUUCUAAGACAAAAAGCUUUUUCCUGGCUCAGCUCUUCCAUCCUUCUGACCCCUUAUUACAGCAAAGGCUUCUCUUUCUGAGCUAUAGAAAAGAACACUUCUAAACAAAUCUAUCAAGAUAGUUUGUGGAAACUUUUGGGGUACAAAAUUAAGAUGUAGAAUAGUAAUAUAAAGUAGACUUUGAACUAUUACUUUCUCUGUCCUAGGUUUAAAUUAAAUUCAGCCGAAUCCUACAUUUCUCUGGAUGGUUAAGAACAGUUAUCAUAUAAAUAAACCAAUGAAGCUUAAACAUCUGUUUAAAAGAUUUUGAAGUUUAAAAGAAGGUGAAGCACGUGUCAUGGACAUAAUGUUACACAUCCAGUUAUGGCGACUGACGUGGAGCUGACAAGUGCCUGCUUGUGGGUUGUGAUCAUCUCUGUGUGUUUCUGAGCUUGCUGCAUUGUUACCUGAAGUGAAGCGAGUUCAUCCAGGGCCUCUAUGCAUCUGUUCACGUCCUUCAUGACAAAACAGCAAUUUCAUAACUGUUAAUCACCAAGGCAGCCAUGGAAUCCACUUCUGACCAUCUCAAAAGCUCUUAAGGUGGUACAAAAAUGGCCAGUCAGGAUCCCAUUUUGUACCCCUGGUUGGCUUGGAACUUGAGGCUCUCCCGGCUGUGCCUCCAUAAGUGCCGGGAUUCCAGGUAUGUGCCAUCUCAGCCAGCUCCCAUUAACCUUCUCUGUAAUUUUCCAUGUCUUAGAAAGUAAAACAACUAACCUCGCUUCUUCUCCACUUUCUUAACUUCUGGCUUCUUUCCUUCAUCUUUAUUCUGCCUAUCAAAUGUCAACACAAAUAUUUCAAAACACUGUAACUUUGUGACUGAGGUUAGCAGAUGCCCAUAUUCCCCUGUGUAAAGGUUUUAAAAAAUGUUCCUUAAAAACAAUCCAUCAGCCUACAAAAUAGGACGCUGACUAGUUUUUAGAACUGUGUAGCUCUACAGCAUUAACAUAAAGACAAAAAAAUUGCCAAAUUCAUCUUUCAGUGACAUACACAAUGGUAAAAGAAGAUCUACAAAUUAGUAAUGAAUUUUAAAGCAACUUUACUACGUUUUUUUAAAGCAUACUAAAGUAGACCAGCUGUACCCCACAUCUCCAAAGGACAGGUAAUUCAAGGGAUUUAGAAAUUGGCUUCAAUAGUAAAUAGACCUGCUUUAAGCUACUGUUGUUUGUUUUUGUUUUUGUUUUUUUAAGUUGUAGAGGAGGCCAUUGUUUUCAAGGUAAAUGACAUCCACUAAUGUUUACAUACCAUUUCAUAAGUGAAAAAGUACCAUUUUACUAAGAUUAACAAAAAAUAACCGUUUGAAUUAGAAAUUUUACUUUCUAGUACCUUGGCUUGGCAUUCAGGCCCUAUUAUGAACCAAUUAAAAUAGACAAGAACCAAAAAAAAAUACCUAAAAAUCAGGUUUUUUUUUUAAAAAAACUUUAUUUUAAAAUUUUCGUUACAAUUUCAGUUUUUUUACUUAACAAGUCUACUGUUUAAUCUCUCAGGAUUAAAAAGAAAAAAAAAACCAAGACUCUAGAAUUUAACAACAAAAGACUGUCAAGGGCACACCUGCCCCAGUUUUCAAGAACGUAAUAGCUACUCCAGUUUAAUACCUAGCUUCAAAACAAAAUGAUUUUCAUAUUCUCUAAGUGAGAUAAUGUACAGUCGCCGUCUUCAUCUAUGUCUGUUAUAACUUCAAACACAAAGCUUCAUUGUAAGCUUGGCUUCAAAAGAAAAAAAAAACAGGAAUAAUGGCCAACCUUAAUAUGUAGUGUGUACCUUACAGGAUAUUUUGUUAACAAUCAUAACACAGUUAAUAAUGCCAUUAAUAGUGAAGUCCUCAAUUUAGAAUCUGGAACAUUUCUUCCAUCAAGGGGGGGAGGGGGAAAUUCAGUCCAAUGAGUCUGUCUCAAGAUCUUCAUCGCUUGUAUGCUCCACUUGUAUUCUCUUUUCAGUUACUGGAUUAAUGCUUUGAGCCCAAAAUGAGAUAUAUUUUUAUUACUGUAGAUUACAUGUUGUUUGGCUGGGAAUACAAUACAAUAAACUUUAUUUUGCAUAAUGCAUUUCACACAAGUUGCAUCUGAAAUGCUUUACAGAGCAAAACUGUCCAAGUACAAAGUUUUGUAAUAACAGGAGAAGGAAAGAAAACACAAAUAUUAGAAUUUGAGAAAGUUACAUUGGAGGACAUUCAAAAGAAACUGAAAUACAAAAAAGAUAUCUUGAGAUUCUGAAGAUUUGGGCUAGAUUCACUAAGCAACAACUAAUUUAUGCCUGACUUACGGGAGCACAGAGUUAAAAGCAACAACAGUCACAGUAUUCAGUGGAGAGAAAGGACAGGAAUAAUGGCAUUUACAGAUGUGGCCAUAAUCCAGCAUUUUAAUUACUUUUAAAAACUCCCUAAAGCAGCUAAACUGCUCUGUAUCCUCCAAACAGCUACAGAAGCAGAGACAAUGUACCUAUAAAAGUGGUUACUUUGUAGAUACAUCAUAAAAACAAGUGAAGAAAUGUUUCCUUUUACUAUUGGCCACUGUAUAAGUGACCUACAACAUGUUUUCAAAUUAUCUCCUCACUAUCAGUAGAAAGCCCACAGAAGUUUACUAAGAGGAUGACUUUAUAAAUGGGAAAAAGGGACAGUGAUAAACUAGGAAAACAAAUGUGCACAAGAGCCGUGAUGUCUAAUGACUGUAAUGACUAUUCCUUAUACUGAUAGAAUACUGAUACAGUAAGGGGGGAAGAAAGUUCUCAUGGUAAGUAUCUAUCCAAGUGUCAAACUCCAAUUAAAGCUUGAGUCAUACAGGAUCUAGCCAAUGCUAGCAAGCCUUUGAGCUAGCUUUUAUCAGCGUCUAGGUUUCCAACUGGGAUUGCAUUCUUUCGUCACCUAUAUAGUUUCAUAAUUCUAUGUUUAACAUGUUACACAAAGCCUAACUCUACUUUCACUUAUAUUACAAAACAGUUCACAAGAGGAUUACCUCAGUGAAUCUCAUCCUCUGAAAAAAGAAUAGAGCCUGAAAUAGCACAUAUGGAAGAUUUUCUAGUAUGGGAAGUCACUUUAAAAGGCUUCAUCAACUCUGGAAAUGAGAGGCUACUUAAAGGUUUAACUCUUUAAAAAAGAAUGCAAGAUUGAAAACUAAAAAGAAUACUUACUGCUCAGUUUCCAUUUGUUCCUCCUGCUUGCGUUUCCGAUCUCCAGCUUCUUUCUCAUGUUGGCCUUUUAGCAUGUUCCUCCUGUGAGCAGCCUGGAAGUUCCUUCCACCCUUUCUCUUCUGUUUGAGAACAGGAAGGAUGUAUUAAUAGUAACUCUCAAGUUAGUGGUUGGAGACUAAUAAUUACAAUCAUGGUAGGUAGAAAACAAAGCGACUAAGCUUAAGCCUAACAAACAGGAACACAGGUCUACUGACUGGAUAUUCUUCUUCUUUAGAAGUGAGCUAAGAAGCUAGCCAAAGUUGCUGGCUUUGAGCAGGCCAUGGUGGCACACACCCUUAACCUCAGCACUUAGGAGACAGAGCCUAGGUAGAUCCCUGUGAAUUCAAGGCCAGCCAGGUCUGCAGAGCAAGUCAGCCAGGUUGAAAUUACAAUGGAUAAAGAUUAAAGUUUAAUGUAUAAAUGCACCUUUUGUGUCUUUGAUCACAGACAUCUGGGUUAUCUACAACGUGUCUAUAUAGCUGGAGUACUGGAAGUUUACCUAUGUUCUAGAAAUUAAUUAUACUAUAAAAUAUAAAGUAUUUUUCAUAUAAACUGUAUACAUUUCAGUUAUGUAAUAUAUUAAAACAUAAAUAAUAAAGAAACCCAUAAAUCUUUUAAUAUUUGUUAAAGGUUAUUUAUACAUAUUAUAAUAUGUAUAUCUAGGAAAUAAAUUUACAAUGUAAUUGGGGAAAUAACCCCAUGGAUUAAAUGCUUCUUGUCCAAGAAUGAGGACCUGCCUUCAGAUCCCUAGCAUCCCCAUAGAAGUUGAGUAUGGCUGCAUAUAUCUGUACUUGAGGUGGCAGGGUAGAUAAGCUAACUAACUUCAGAUGGGGUAAUAAGCAGUCUAGCUUCAGAUUCAUUGAGACCCUGUCUCAAAAUGUAAAAGUGGUGGGGCCCAAUAGAUGGCACUACUUAAGGCUCAAUUCCCAACAUCCACGUGGAGGGAGUUUUGUGCCUAUCUCCAGUUUUCUAAGAGAUCUGUCUACACAUACUGCAGGCAAAGCAGUCACAUGAAGAAGAAAACAAUUAGCAUGAGGAAAAUGGAGCUGGGGACAUUGUUCAGCACUUUAAGAGGACCAAAACUCACAAUUCCCAUGGAACUGUGGUGGCCCACCUAUAAUUGCAGCCAAAGUUGCCACCAAGAUUAGCCUCAUGAGUUCGUGAGAGUUUGCUUGAGAGACACUACCCGCAUCAACCUUAGGCCUCCACAUCCCAUAUGCUGCACGAACACCUCACACAGAAACACACGGGGAGACAAACUGGCAAGGAGUUUCGAAUGUGGAUUCGCUACCUUUUCACCCUCUUGAUCGUCUUCGUCUUCUGAAUCAGAGGUUGAUGUAACCCCUGGUUUAGCUAAAUUUUUCCGUUUAGAUUCAACUUCUUUCUUCCCUUCUUUCUUAUCUGGUUCUUUUCUUGGCUUCUCUUCUUCCUUUUGGCCUUCUUCCUCUUUUUUAAGCUGCUUUUUAGGUUGUUUCUCCUCUGGUCCCUUUUUUUUACUUUUAUCUUCAUCAAUAACCCUACAUUAAGAGUUCAAGAGCAGAAGAUUUCAUUUAUACUUUUUCUUUCUUGAAAGAACUAUUUGUAUUUACUCAAGUGUCUGUGUGAGGAGCUAAGUUUCUGGAUGUGGGUGCUGGGAACCAAACUCUGCUCUACUAGAAGAAUAAUCAGUAAGUGCUCAGCCAUCUCUUCACCCUUUAUUUAUACUCUCCUUUACCAAACAAGGAUUUCACGAGGGAAAAUUAUGGCAAAAUUUAUGUUUAAAAAAAAAUACAGUUUGUCAUUCUAUUGUAAAACGGAAUUUUCAUUAUAUACAAUUUUUUGGAUGUUUCUUGCUCCUAUUUAGCAUAUAAACCCAAGGCCCUAUUAAAUUGAAUUACAUUUCACAUGUUUAUAAAAAUCACAGUCAUUUGUAGGGAUUGAACAUAACGUUAACCUAAUGACCAGUUACUUUUAACUGUCAUCCAAGCUAUGAAGAUCCCACAGGGAAUAGCGACAUAAAUGGUUCAAUCAGUUUAACUCAAGAAUCUAUUUUCUCUGCAGUUUUUAAGUAUAUUAACUGUUACUGUGUCUACAUUUUGAUGUUUUUUAAAGAGACAAAAGUUUUACUAUGUUACCCUUGCUGGCUGCAAAUGCCAAGGGACAUGAAUAACACAGUCUUGCAAAACAAAAAAGUCUUAUUUUUGUGGUGGUGGUUCCCCCUUUGAGAGUGAUGUAACAACUAGCUUAGAAAGAAAGCUCUUGAAAAGUUUUAUUUUGGUUGAAAAGUACCAACUCUGAAAAUAUUCAAUUCAGGUGCAGAAAAGUGGUGAAAAGUGCUUUUUGUUCUUUCAGAAAACCAGAGUUUGCUUCCCAAGGCUAAGCUGGUGGCUCACCACUGUGAGUUUCAGAUCUGAUUCUAGAGCACUUGAGACGCACACACCACAGUGAAUCCUCAGUCAUCCUGCACAGUCAUCAAGCAGUCUCCCCUCUUCCUGACUAUAUCAACUUUCUCAAGGAAAUUCAAGAAACUGAAAACUGGGACGCUGUAGUCGGGAUGGAACGUAUGAGAAAAAAAAAUGUAUGUAUGGUAUCACUCAUUCAGAAUUCAUAUACCCACAACAAUGUUAUGUACUAUACAAUUUUAUCAGAAUUCACAAAGAGAUUUAUCAUCAUACUACAAAACAUGUACAUACAUUUUAAUUUUUCUUUCCAAUCUGACUAUUCAUUCCCCUUAAUGGUAUCCGUAAGGAUACUACUGUGAUAUAGGGAAAAAAGCAAAAAAAAAAAAAAAAAACCUAGUUGAUUUUCAGUGUUGUAUUCCAUAUUAGGAAGAACAACUCAAGAUUAUUUCCAAAUUAUCAAAUCAAUACUAAUCCUUAUCAGAAUGUGAUAAUCUGAAAGUGAAAAAAGUAAAAGCUCACUAGAUUCUCUUUUCAGGAUUUGGAGAGAUGAAUUUGGAGACAAAAGAAGCCACAAUUAUUUCAAACUUAAUAGUUGUCACAAGCAGAAACCAUUUCUCCUUUGAAAUUGUUCUUGUAUUUAGCCCGAUGUCUACAUGACAUUUCCCCAGACAUGGAGCACAGUGGUAAUUCUUUAAAACUCCAUGUGCUACUGACACCACGGACACAGUCAUACAAUGAAACUGCCCAAUGACUAAUUUCUCCAGCCUCCUCUAUGUCCAUGUUAAAAGUGAUAAUGUGACUCUCUUUAAUCAACUUCUGCGGCAAUGUUUUAAUGGACUAGAGUAUUCAUCACAAGCCAAGCUGUGGGGCAUUGCUACCAUCUGUUGGGAAAGAAUUCCUCCUGUGCUCUGGGCAAGCAGAGGUGGGAGGGCUGCCAGCCACUUUCCACUUGGCCCCGGGUGGGCAUCUAAGCCACUAACCCCACUCGGCAGGGGGUGGACAAUGGGCAGCCUCAGAUACCAGGGGCCUUGGGGCGACACCCUUGGCCCCCGGGGUUACAGGAGAGAGGGCUGAGGGAGAGGUUCCCACUCAGGAGAGAGUCCUUAGUCCGGCCCUUGACUGGAGCACAGGAAGGCCUUCCAUCGGGAGACUAGAAAUGGCUCAUUAGAAGAAAGCCUAUCCCAUCAUCCAAGCGUAGUGGGCCUUGAUGAACAGAGACAGUCUAUGAUUUUAGAGCUUUAUUGUAGAAAGGCGAGGGAAAGAGAAAAGGGGGAGAGAGAGAGAGAGAGAGAGAGAGAGAGAGAGAGAGAGACUGGCCAUGGCCAAGAGGAGGGAAGAGGGAAAGAGAGAAAGAGGAAAGGCUAGAAAGUAAGAAAGAGAGAGUAAGAGAGUGAGUGGAGAGAAUGAGGAGAAUGAGGAGAGAGCAAGAGAGCGAGGUGGGGCCCUCUUAUGGUGGGCUGUGAUCUUUACUGUUGCUAGGUAACUGGGAGGAAUCUAGCCUGAAGGUCAUAAGCUUGGGACAUUGUCUAUGCCAUGCUUCUCCUGUGGGGGCUGUAACUUUGAUAGGAGCCAGGGUUCCAGGAGACAAGGUCGAAGGCCUGCCAUCCCAUGUAGGUGGGAAUUACCACCCAUUGGAUUCUCCCAGUGUUCAAGAUCUAGCCUGGACUGGAAACCAGGCUGUCUGUACAUAGCCCAAAGCCCCACACCAAGCAGGUAUUUAAGCAUUAAUGAGCCUACCUGCAGGUCGUCCUCUCUUAGGACUUGCUUUCACAUUAGAAGCGGUUGCUGCAGUCACCAUUCCCGCCUCUUCAGUGUCUACUUGUUUUUCAGCCUGAAUCACAAACAAUCAGCAUUACAUCAUCUCUGAUUUCAAUCACCUUUUUACAAAUUUCCCAACCUAAAACAAUCAUUUGAAAAAAUAAGACUAAUAUUUUUGACACAAUAUGAAAAACAAGUAAAAUGCGAUUAUAUCGUAACGAUUCACAUUGCUAUUUCUAACUAAUUAACUUUAUGUCUCAACCGAGACUGACAUCUGAUACUAUUACUUUUAUUUUCUAAUAUAAGGCCUCAAAUGAGAAUCAGCUAUUAUUGGCUUAAAGCCCUUCAGGAAAAUAUAAGUUUAAGAACAACCAAUUACAUAUAAAAUGAAAACAUGAAAAAAUAGAUGGUAAUGGUUAUAAUUUCAAAGGGAUGAACAAAAUUGAAGAAGAAAGUCAACCGAAGCAUGUAAGGACAUUAAAUGGCAUGGCCACUUGGACGUCAGUAUUAAUGCACUGACCAGAGCAAGAAUGUUCACAAAAACACACAGAACCCCAUUCAAUUAAUAAAAAAACCUGUCAAUAUACUUACAAGAAACAGCAUUGCUUUUGUUUACUUUUAUUUGAGGGACAGACAAGUACUACAUUCUUUCCACAUAGACAGCCCAGACCAGAGGCAUGCCACCAGGCCCAAGUCAAUCUACCUUUAAUUAGUGAUGCCCAAGAUGAUAAAGAAUGAUAUCUGCCUCUAAGAAUUUAUGCACAAUGCAUACUCAAAUUGUUAAAACUGAUCCAAGGUUACUCUCGUUCUCAGACACCAAACAAACUUUCUCAUGAGAUCUCAGGUUAAGAAUAUAUGAGAUCAUAAUGCCCUCCAUCCAUAUUCAAGAGCCAGACAUCUGUAUUUCCUUCCAUGAAGCUCAAGAGAUGCCAAAGGUUAAACUCUUCCUGAUGACUUACAGAAGUUCUUUAAAGUUAGGUAUAAACAGAUCGCCUCAACAGCAAAAAGAACUUACCCUUUCUGCAUUUGGAAAUAAGUUGAAAGCAAGUAACAAUUACAGGUACAGCGGGUCAUUUGAGAAGAUGCCAAUAAACAGUGAGACAUUCAUCAAUAAUAAGUAAAACAAAAACAAAAGGAACACAACAGAAACCCACCAACUCUGACAUGAAAGGUUUGCCCUAGCAUGGGUUAUGUUUAUGACCACUACUGCAAAAUCACGUGAGUAAAAGUAAAGCCACUACUCAGGAAAAUAUUUUAUCCAAGGAAAGACUAGUUAUUUGAAAUGCAUGCAUGAAUAUCUUUAAUGUUCACAUUCUAGCUAGAUUGCUAACGGGACCUCUUAACACUGGAUUUAUUUCUCAUUGUUAGCCUGUCUUUCCUCUUUCCUAAAGCCAUUCCAUAUCCAUCAGAAGACCACUGUUCAUAUCCUUUUCCAAGCCCUCAUCCUUGUCUUGCUAUACCUGUUUCACGAAUCCCCAACAAAGAUUAAGCUAAUAAGCACUAGGAAGACAAAUAUGAAAUCAUUUUCUGUCUUUGAAGUUGGUAUUUCAAAUCUAUGGUUAGUCCUUUGACCUUCUACUGCAAGUCCUGAGUAGCUAACAAGCUUGGAUCCACCUAUUGAUUGAAUGGGAAAGGGAAAUAUAGCCAAAAAGAAUCCCCUUGAUUUUCAAGUCCCGAGUCAUGCCCAGUCACGGAUACAGUCACUAAAGCAAGCACCUUGGAGUCAUCCCACAUUCUGCUCCAUUCUUAUCAUCACUCAGUUAUCAGUUAUCAACUUGACUUCUUGAAGUGUUAUAAAAUUACAUCUCACACUAACAAUAAGUAACUUGAUGUAAGGAAUUUAAUGCUAAUUCCUAAGGCCUUUCAUGACCUACUCAGUUACUAGGUCACUCUUAUAGCCCCUCAUCUUAACUGCUACAGGCAAUUUAGCAAAUAAGCCUUUUGGCUUCCCUAUAUAUAUUAAAGUUACAUGUAUAUUAUGCUAUUGUCUAUUAGAUGUGAAAGUAUUGUCUUAAAAAAACAAUGCACAUACCUCAAUUUAGGGUCAUUUAAUUAGGAUGGGUGUGUGUAAUUCAGUGAUGUACCUUGCCUAGCACAUGCAUGCAAGCAUUGGUACAAGCCGCAGCACCACAGAACAAAAACACCCAUUGGUUUAAAUGCCAUCAAACAGAGCUUGUGUUCACUCAGUGGUACAACUUGUGCUUAUAAUAGCAUGUUCAAAACUCCACGUUUGAUCCACACAAAAAAACCACAUACAUCAAAAUGCUAACAAAUCAUCUAUGCCUUCAGUAAGCCAAAGUGGCUGCCUUACCUUAGUGUUGAUGGCUACAACUUAUCAGCAUGGUAGUUACUAAACGUAGGGGUACCUGUGGCAAUUUCUUAAAAGGAAACAAAAUGAAAUCUAUCCCAUCAACUGAUUUAUUCCAUGCAUAGAAAGUUUCGCCAUAGAAUGCAAAGAUUUCUUUUUUUUAAUAUAUUUUACCUACAGACUUCUUUCAAAUUGGGGUCAAAUGUCUCAAAAUCUGAUGCUGCUUUAUCAGCCAUUUACAUAAUGUCUGAAAUCGUUUAAUGUCACUUCAACAUUUAUAGUACCCUCACCAGGAGGAGACUGUCAAGAAACCCCCUCACUGCUAAUCCCCAAGUGUUGAUGGAUUAUUCCCAGGCAUGACUAUUCUUACUGUACGUGAACAUUUCCGUCACACCAGAGCCCCUGGGCAACCAGGUGGAUAGUCAGUGAAUAUCUGUAGAAAGGAGUCUUUUCCUAAGCAGUUAGUUUAAGUGCUUAAAUGUCCUAGGAUUUCCAAAGUGGGUUCAUAGUCAAGACAUUAGCAGUUCCACACCCUAGGCUUUGAAUACAGAAAUUGAAUUCCUAGCUGCAACUCCUUCCAGAGUAAAAAUGUCUGCAAUGAAAAGUUAACUGAGUGUGAUCCAUUCUUCAGUUUCCUUAUCUGGAUAACUUCCUGGAGCUUCCCCAUCAGCACUGGUAGGGCUUGCAGCUCCAUGAGUGCAGGCAGCUUCCUGCUACACCCACCAGCUGACCCAGGAGAGCCCUGGCUGGACCUUUUUUUGUAUAUUAUUUAAAAACCUCCCUCAGCUUUCAAGAGAAUUGAAGGCAGGGCCUUGCCCUGGAUUGGGACUUGGCUUACAGCAGCUUUUUAACAUACCCUCCUCCACCUGAAGACCUAGAGGCCCUUUUGUAAACUGACUAAUCCCAGUAUUUUUCUAAGAAUGAACCAUAAGGGGGGAGCGGUCAGAACAUUUUUCAAUUAAGAUGCUGUCUUAUGUAAGCAGUUUGUGGUGACUCAAGAAUGAUCAAAGAUCAUUAGACUACCUUAAUAGAUAGAACACAAUCUAUAAAUAAUAAGAUUAACAAACUGCGAUAGAAUAGAGACUAGCUCAGCAGGGCAGCCCCAAUGGGCUGAACAUACACCUUUAACCCUACCUCUUGGGGAGCAGAAGCAGGUGAUGGCUGUGGGUUUAAGGCCAACCUGGUCUACAUGGUAAGUUCCAGGACAGCCUGGUAUACAUAAAGAAACCCUGUCUCAAAACAAACUAAGCAAAGAAAAAAAACAAACCCCAGUUUGUAUUGCAAAGUCCAAUACAACAACAAAGCUCAAGAAAAUGAAGCAUUCAUGUAUGUUCCUGUUGUAAUUAAAAACAAAAACAAAAAAACCAAGAGACCCGUUUGCUUUAUUCCCCGUGCAACUCUACCAAUGCCAAUCUUAGAAUUUCAAUUCUGAAAUUCUAUCACUGUCUGUUCUCACUGUCCUAAUACAAUCUCCUGUCAUCUUACUACCUAUAAGUGAGUCACAGUGACUUCCCAUCACAGCAGUUCUUCAAAAAAAUACGGUAGAUUUCCUUUACCCUCCGACCUUCAAGCCUCUCAAAGCUGAAGUAUGCACCAUCAUACUCGACUGUGAGUGCCUGACGUACCCUCAGAUGGCCUGCUCCUUUCCACGCUCAUUGUUUUAACACUGUGAAGUUAUAAGGUCAUUUCCCUCCAGUACACCAGGGGACAAACAGCAAUUAAUUAAAAGCCUACAAAAUACCUGGCCUAAACCGUCACUGCCCCUCUUGUCUCACACAACACUGAACUAGCACAUUGGGCGACAGCCUGUGCUAGCAGUGAGAAAUCAGGAUUUACUCUAAAGAUUUCACGAGAAUUAAAUCAUCAACAAUUUGAUUACAUACUAUCAUUUUAUAGAGGAGAUGAGGCAGCUUGAAAGGAGUAAAAAUUGGUUCACUUUAUUUCCUUUUAUCAUUCAGCUUAACUUGAGGGUGCCAAAGCUUUAGCACCAAGAAACUUUAUAAAGUAACCAACUUACCCUUUAAGAACUAAAGGGUAGAGGUCAAGUCCAAAUAAGGUUUCCUUAUCUAUUUUUCCUCAAUUUAAAUAAAAUUUCUUUGAAAUUCC